AUGUCAGGCCAGACGAUGAAGGCAGCCCAAUGGGACCCGGUGCAGAAACAGGUGGUGGUCAACGACGUCCCCAUUCCCAGUCCUGGCUCUGGAGAGUUCCUGGUCAAGAUCAUAUCAGCGUCACUCUGUCACUCCGACCUGCUGGCAAUUGCUGACCCGGACCGCAAGGAGCCCAUCACUCUUGGGCAUGAGGGUGUUGGCAAGAUCGUGGCCAUCAACCCGUCAGCCGAAGGCAAAGGCUUUCACGUCGGGGACACCAUUGGAUUUCUCUACGUGACCGGCGUCUGCUUCGAGUGUGAAGGCUGCCUGGUGCACAACAACAAAUGCUUGAACGGGCCGCCACAGAUCUCCGGCUUCCAGGCCCCCGGAUUCUUUGCCGAGUACGCCAUUGUCGUGUGGCAAAAUGCCAUCAUCCUUCCCGCCAGCAUGGAUCCCAGGACGAGCUCGGCUUUUUUCUGCGCCGGCCUUACAGCCUUCCACUCGGUCGACUCCUGUGAGCUGAAGCCCGGACAAUGGCUCGCGAUAGUGGGAGCGGGUGGGCUCGGCCAGCUCGCGACGCAGGUCGCCAAAGCAAUGGGGUUGAAGGUGGUGGCGAUCGACGUGAACGACGGAGCACUAGCCAUGGUCAAGAACCAAGGCGCCGACUACACGUUCAACUCGCGGACCGAGGCCGACACGUACAUAUCAUCGGUCAAAGCCUUGACGCCGGGCAAGCACGGGGUGCACGCGGUCGGGGUGUUCAGCAAUGCCGCCCCUGCCUUCGCCAGCGCCCCAGACCUGCUGCGCGUCAACGGCGUGCUCAUGGCGGUGGGUAUCGCCGCCCAGCCCAUCCAGGUGUCGGUGUACGACAUCGUCGUGGGUUCUUACCGCCUCAAGGCCGAGAGCAUCGGCACCCCGCAACGCAUGGCCAAGGCAAUCAACUUCUUUGCCGACCACAACAUUGUGCCUGAGGUCGAGAUCCGCCCUGCUGGCCUGUCGGACGUCGCUAACAUGGUCGACGAGAUGAAGGCUGGUCAAUCCACCAAAAGGAUGGCCGUCGUCUUCGACUAG